CUCUUUGACGGCAAGUUCGCUACACGCACGCAGAUGUCAGCAGAGUUUCUCAAUCUGUCACUUCACUAGGUGGAGUGCCUUUGAUGGACAAUGAAAAAUCUGGACGCUGCAGCUGUAACUUUUUAGUCUGCCCCCUUUUUUUGCUGGACUUCUGAUGAACUUUUCCCUCGUGUUGUCGUCACCUUUUAAUAGUUACUGUUAGCCUUUCCUCGCUUUAUUUGACAGCAGGGGAAACAACACCCAGCAUGAUCCACCCGUGUCAGAAGUUACCAUGCUAGCUAGCGUUAGCCGCUGCUACUUGACGUAGCUAUGUUUUUUCAGACUGACCUGACCCGAAAAGAGCACCAGUUUUGAUAGUGACCGGACUUUUUUUCUUUUCUUCCUGUUUUCACUGCCUGGUAGUAAGGAUAAUUUGGCCAGUAUCUCCGUUGUUGAACAAGAAGCUAUCAAUCUGUCACAGACAUGGGACUACACCCGCUAGAGUUUAGUGAGUGCUAUUUGGACAGCCCCAGCUUCAGGGAGAAGAUAAAGGCACACGAAGCAGAGCUGGACAAAACCAACAGGUUCAUCAAAGAACUGUACAAAGAUGGGAAGAACCUCAUUAAUGCGACAAAGCAGCUUGGGAUGGCGCAGCGAAAAUUUGCCCAGUGCCUGGGAGAGUUUCAUUUUGAGUAUAUUGGUGAUGCAAAGACGGAUGAUGAGAAAUGCAUUGAUGAAUCUUUACAAGAGUUUUCAUCAUUUCUCAAAAACCUGGAAGAACAAAGGGAGCUGAUGAUGAGGAAUAUCACAGAAACUUUAAUGACACCUCUGGAGAAGUUCAGGAAAGAUCAGCUCGGUGCAGUAAAGGCGGUAAGAAAAAAGUACGAAAAAGAAACCGAAAAAUAUUACAGCUCUCUGGAAAAACUUUUGAACAUGUCAGCAAAGAAGAAAGAGCCACAACUACAAGAGGCAGACGUCCAGGUGAAUGCUGUGAGACAACACUUUCAGGAGUCGUCACUUGAAUAUGUGUGCAAAUUACAGGAGAUCCAAGAGAGAAAGAAGUUUGAGUGCGUGGAACCGAUGCUGGCCUUCUUUCAGACUGUAUUCACUUUUUACCACCAGGGUUACGAGCACGCCAAGGACUUUGAUCAUUAUAAAAGAGCACUUGCGAUCAAUAUUCAGAAUACAAGGAAUCGAUUUGAAGGCACGAGGUCCGAGGUGUACGAGCUCAUGAAGAGGAUCAAAGAGGCACCCCAAGAAUACAGACAGACCAGCCCAAUCAGUUUUGAAGGCUACCUUUAUGUACAAGAAAAACGACCUCCUCCUUUUGGCUCAAGUUGGGUGAAGCGCUACUGUACGUUUGUCAAAGAGCAGAAGAUCCUGCACAUGGUGACUUUUGACCACAGAUCAGGUGGAAAGAUUGGUGAGACCGAGUCAGUCACUCUCAAAUCUUGUCUUCGCAAAACAACAGACACGUUGGACAGGAGAUUCUGCUUAGACCUGGACAUAACAGAUCGGCCGGGGACGGUCCUCACUGUGCAGUCCCUCUCAGAGGAUGACUACAAGUUUUGGAUGCAGGCCAUGGGUGGGAAGGAACCUCUUGGAUGUUAUCUUGGGAGGACUCUUUCUAAAGAAAGGGGAAUUGACGCCCAGUUGGACGAUGUGGGGUUAACUUUCUUGCAGAAUUCCAUCAAUGCAAUAGAAACAAGAGGUAUUGAUGACCAAGGCCUGUACAGAGUUGGGGGAGUGAGCUCUAAGGUGCAGAAACUUCUCUCAUUAAUGAUUGAUGAAAAAAGCAAUGAAGUGGAUCUAUCAGCCAGUGAAGACUGGGACGUGAAGACAAUCACAAGUGCAUUAAAGCUUUAUUUGAGGAGCCUACCUGAGCCAUUGAUGACCUAUGGACUUUACAAAGAGUUCAUCAGCCCUGCGAAGGGCAGUAGUCCCGAGUCUCGCAUCCAGGCUGUCCACUGUUUGGUCCACAAACUACCAGAGAGGAAUCGACAAGUCCUCGGGCUACUUAUGAAGCAUCUGGCCAAUGUGGCAGCUCACAGCAAAUCAAAUCUAAUGACCGUGGCCAACUUGGGCGUGGUGUUUGGCCCCACAUUAAUGAGGCCACAGGAGGAGACCGUCGCUGCCAUCAUGGACCUCAAAUUUCAAAACAUUGUGGUGGAAAUCCUUAUUCAGCAACAUGAAAAGAUUUUUACAGACGCUCCUGACUUGAGCCCACUUUCACCUGCUGGCCUGGUGUUGUCUGCUCCCACGAGGCAGUCUAAAAAACAGAGUCGACAGAACCGGCCCCUGGCGGUCUACAAUCCACAAGUCCUUGACAUUCAGAAUGCAAUAGUAGAUGGCUCUAACCCGAUGGCAGAUGAGACGUCGAUGGGCAGCAACGAGUCUGUGUCCUCGCAGUCAUCGUCAGCCUCGACCUCAGAGCUACCUGCAGAGAAGAAUGACCUUGCCUUGCUUGCUGCCAGCUUCAGUUCAAGCAGCAACUCUCAAUGUCCUCUUUUUGCUGUUUCUGGAGCUUCAGGUGAGAGCCAACCUGCUGCCACGACAGCUGCGUAUGAAAAGGAAAAGCAAGAGCAAAGUGUCACGGGCAGGAAAGCCAAGGCGGUGUACCCCUGUGAGGCGGAGCACGACUCUGAGCUCUCCUUCCAGGUCGGCGCAAUAUUCAGCGCCGUGAUCCAGUCAAGAGAGCCAGGCUGGUUGGAGGGGGAGCUGGAAGGAAGGAGGGGCCUCAUCCCUGAAAACUAUGUGGAGAUGCUGUAAACCAGACAGAAAUAUUUAUGGACACUUUUAUUGCGUUCACCAAGAAUUCACAGUAGGGCUUCUAUCCAAGUGACAAUACCAUAUUUUUACUGGUAAACUAUCGUCGACACACAAGUUUACACAUUUUUGUGCUGACUGGUGCAUGUGUGAACAAGUUGCUUUGUUUCAAUUCGUUAUGGCCAAGUUUUCACAGCAACUUCACCCUUGGAACCUCAAGGAUGGUAUUACAUGUUCAGUGCUGUGCUGUUUAGCUAUAGCCUCUUGAUAUCCAAGUCAUUUAGUUGCAGCUCCAGUAAAACGGGUGCCUGAGCUCACUCUCCUCUGCCAAGUUAUCCAUGGUAUCCAUGAGCUCCAUGUCAAAGGGAGAUCCUCAGAAACUGUAAGGUUGAAUGUUCAAGACACUUUAGUUUUUAACCCACAUGAACAUAAAGCAGAUUAUUUUAUUAGAUUACAGAUACCCAAGUGCCUUAACAGAAGCACCGUUGUAUGGGCAUGUCUGGAAACAAAUUGGAGUGUGGCUGCUUUUACAUAUAUAAAAUGUUUUAAUCUUCUGUUAUGAUGAGACUAACUUGUUAUUGAAACAUGGCACAAUGCCCCUAUAAUUUAAUUUAAUUGGCACAUUUAUUGCAUGGUAUUUGAAUUUUAAAUACACUUUGUGUUUUGUUUUGUUUUGUUUUUUGUUCUUGGUGUACACUUUUACAAAAUCUCAGCAAAACCCUGCUUUGGUGCUGAUGAGCUCUGUCAUGUUGAACACUUGCAUCAGUUGAUUGUAAUGUUCAAUACCAAGUAUUUUUUCUGUCAAAUUAUCAUCUAUUUGGUUGUUUUUAAUUUUAACUAUGCUCUAUUUUUUAUGAGCAUAUUAAAAAAAGCACUCCAACAAAGUUUAAUUUUGUAGUUCCUUGAAGAAUUACAGAGUUCUACGGCUGUUCAGCGUUCAUGACCUUGUUGAUAAGAUAUAAAAUAAUUGCAUGUGUUCUGUUAAUUAUCACGCUGAUUUAAUUUUGAUUUGGGUUGAUUUUAGCAUGUCUGAUCGUCACAUUACAUUUCUCUUCUCAGCUGUUUUGUUUUUGGUUUAGCACAUUCUGUUAUCAAUUCUGGUUACAAAAAAUUAGAAUAAUUUCAUGAGUUUCUUUGAAUUUCCUUUUUUUUUUUUGUUUUCCUCCUUCUUCUCUUGAUUGAUGUCCAGUGAAGUUUAUUUUGUUUUGUUUUGUUUUGUUUUG